UGACGUGUUAUAAUAACACCCCCUCUUCGUCCGGUUACAGUAGACUUGCACGAUAAGUAAGUUAACACACACAAUUAUUAAAAUACAUAUUGGUCUAUCUGGAUGUUAUGUAACGGCAGUCUCUCAUCACUAUCUAUGUACGGUACUGAUAUGUCAUAAAUUGCAAUAUGCAAAUUAUUCUUUAAAAACGUACUUCCUGACUAUAGCUAGCUAAGUUUAGUUUCAUUUUUCAUUUAGCUAGCCUUCUGAUCUUGAUAAUGAAGUAGCUACACGUAAAGAGAAGUGGUUUCAAGUUCUAUAAUUACGUUCAAUUUUGAGGCGAGAGAAAGGUAAGUUAAUUGUGAACAGAUGAGGAAACUGUAUGAAGAAGCCUGAUAGCCCUAUUACGUAACUGCCCGCUGAUCAGCUGAGAAGUUUUACCAGCUUGAAGCUCGUGCGCCUUACCACCUUCAGCCUGUGCGACCCAGUCUAUGCACAUUUCCCUCUCUCAAUUUUCGUAGCCUCUGUAUACUUAUGGGUAAAGUAUCAAAUGCCGUUUAGCAUACAAUACAAUAUUAAUAGUAAUCGUCUUCCUUAUGGGAUAGAGUGCUGUCAAAGUGAACGUUUCCAUUUCACAUGAUGUUGUUUUUCACUGUGUGUUAUUCUUCUCUGUAUCAUCACUUUCUGAUUCUUGUCAUUUCUUAAAAUAGGUCUAACUAUGACUUCGCCUGAGGUCUUCACAAGCAACUUAGAAGAGGGUAAGAAUAAAGAGUUUUCAUAAUAGUUAGGCAUACGUCUGUGUGGUUCUCCUAUCUGAUUUCCUGAUCACGUCUAAAUGGGCAGGUCAAUAAAGGGCCAAAGAGCAAUGAUAGUAUGACAUCAUAUGAAUGUUAAACGUACAAUAUCUGGUCUCUUUUUGACCACGUUUAAUAGAGUAUUGAGUGUUGUUCUGUGCAUUUUUCUAUUGCAGCGGAGGAGCUAUCCCAGUUGUUGAGUGAGGCCAUCAGCUGUGGUGACAAAAAGGAAGCCAAGAGGUGUUCAGAGCAGCUGGCAGAGUUGUGUGUACCAGUAUCUGUCAGGAUCUCCCACAAUGCUUACUCCCAACACUCUAUUCGGUAUGUGGAAUCAUUUAGUAGUAUUCUGUUGGGUCAUACUUUACAUUACAUAGGAUUAGCCUAUAACAGAAUAAAGGCAAGUGGAAUAAUCAACAUGUAAUUACGAUGUAACAAGCUAUUAGAUACAAGCGAUUGUGGAUUACUUACUUUACACAAUCUCUCACCAUCUUGAAAAAUGUAAAGAUGCACUAUGCAGAAAUCGCUCUACCAUUUCCUGGUUGCUAAAAUUCUAAUAUUUGGCCUAAUUUCAGUUUCUGUGACAAAACAAGCAAGUAUAGUGUAGAUAAUCAUUAUACCAUCUAAACCACUGUGAAAUAUAUUUUCCAUUAACAAAAAUAUUACAUUUUAAGCUGUUUGAAGCUGGUGUACAAAACCAAAAGUAAAAUAUGCAAAUAAGAAACUUAAGCACAGGAAGCAUAGAAAUAGUGCACAUAGAACAGAUCUACCGCUUCUUAGACUUGCUUUCAAUGAGAAUGACAGAUCUAUAACUUCCAUUUCUAUGUGAAUUUGGUUGGGUCGCCCAAAAGGUUACAUAUUGCAGCUUUAAGGAAUAGUGAAACCUUUGUAACUGUGUUGUUUUAGAAAUUCAGACCCAGUUACCUCUAUUGGUUACUUUGCUGCAGGUUGAAGGUGGGAGUCGGGGAUGCACAGUCAGAAAAUUAUGUUCCUGUUACUUUGUUGGUAACACUCAACAUGACCAUUUCAGAUCUUAAAGAAAAGGUAAAAUAAAUAAUUGUUGCAAGCCAUUUUCACCAACAGCUCUGAUAUUUACUCAUUAUAUUUAAUACACAUAUUUGCCGUGAAAAAAAGUGGCGACCGAGUCCCCAUGCAUUCUUGAAUUUCUCUCUACAGAUCAAUACUGACUAUGGAUUUCAUCCAUCUCUGCAAAGCUGGGUGAUCGGGAAGCGUCUGGCCCGGGACUCUAACACUCUGUACAGCCAUGGGGUAAGGAAGAAUGGAGACCAGGCCUACCUGUACAUCAAGUCUGCCCAGGCUGCCAACCUCAGCCGGGAACAAGUGAACCAGGAGGAGGAGCACCGUCGGCUAGACAGUAAGGACACUCCGUCAUACAGCACCGUUUAAUCUUCCAAUAAGACCCUAGUAUACUGAGCAAGGCACAGGUUGUCAACGUAUCAGCUUGUGACACACACAUGCACACUUACACCAACCUAUAACUUUAAAUGUUUUCCCCCAUUUUAGACUGCCAUGUUUGUAUUUUGACUUGUUGCCAUUAUGGUGUAGGUAUCAUCGAGUCAUUGAGUCCUCUACUAGCCAGAGGAGCAACUGGACCAACUCCACCUCCCAAAACUAAACACCCAGCCUCUCCUCCUCCACCACCAAAGCUUCAAGUAAGAUUAUAAUGCAAACUGUGCAAUGUCUCAUUGUAUACAUAUACGAUAACCAUGCCCGUUUCUACAAUAAUGUGUGCGUGCAUGCGUGUGUGUGUGUGUGUGUGUGUGUGGGGGGACAACCAGGUGGGAUGGUCAUGCUCUGUGUGCACCUAUGCUAACAAGCCAACGCGACCGGGCUGUGAGAUGUGUGGGUCUGAAAGACCAGAAGAUUAUAAAGUACCUGAGGUUUACCAGCCUGAUGAGCAGGAGGUCCAGAGACUCCAGCUAGAGGAGAUGGCCAAUCUACAGUACCAGCAGGUGAAUGCUUUAUACAAGAUAUGAGUUGCAAGAUAUGAGAUAUGCACGUGUAAGAUUUUCGUGACAAUCAUGUCAUCAUUACAUAUAGCUAAAAAUAUACUUGGUAUGUCCUGGUGUGACUAUUGUAAUGUGUGUAGCCACCUUAUUAAAUGAGAAAGACAGCGUUCCCUUAAUUUUACCCCUCUGUUGCUGUGGGACGAGGAAGGCAUUGGCGGAAGAGCGGGAGAGGAAUUUCCUGAGUCUGGUGGAAACAGACGCCCACAGCCUCGUCCCCAACACAGAGGAGCUGGACUGUCCUAUUUGCUACUGCUCCAUUCCGCCAGGGGAGGGAGCCACACUGCGGGAGUGCCUCCAUGUUUUCUGCAGGUAUGACACAUCUUGGCUACAACAAAAUAUAUUUUACCUAAACCCUCUGUGAACGCUUGAAAAAAAACAAGUGACCUUCCCCUAUACCCAAAAUAAUAAUUCUAACAAAUAGAUAGCAGAGAACAUGGCUACCAUUUACCCUCACUUCCUGGACAGACCAGAGCCUUAGAUAUGCAGGUUUAGAAACUGUUCUUCGUCCUAUAAGCAUUACAUGGCAACGCAGGAAAUUUGAUAGCGCACAGGGCUGCAGGCCAGAAGGUUGUGGGUGGAGGAAUUGACCGACAAAUCUAUGGCUAUACCAGCCUAUAGCCUAAUUUCGUCUGUCAAACAGGUAGGCCUACCUCUUUAUUUCUUAAAUAGGAAGAAAUAGGCUCCAAAAUAAGGCCCUCUUGUUGUUAGUAGUCUAAAUAAAAUCAAUACGGUUAAAAUCAAUUAUGCCUACUCGAAUUUGCCUACUUUCAGCACCAUGAGCUGUCCAUUUCGAUUGAUUGUGACGCGGCUGCUGCUACUCGAAUAUUGUGAGGUCAAUAACUGUGAUAAAUACAUCAUGGGCAAGAAACAUUGUUUUUAAUCAAAUUAAUUAUAGUAGUAGCAAGCUAUCAAAGUUGACCUCCGGUCCUCCUUCUCAUCUUCGCGCUCUCCUCAACUGAACAGAACAUAGGCUAGUCCGCACGCAGGCCUAAUAAAACAAAUAUUUUCAGAAGAAACCUUUGACUCUCCUCCUGAACUACCACCAUAGGCCUACACAGCACAGCCAUUGGUUAAGCAGCACACAAAAAAGUUUUGGAUCAGCAAGAGCAGAGCAGGCCGGGGCUCAGGGUUGGAAUAUCCAUUGCCGUGUGUAAUGCAGCCUAGUUUUAUUUUCACAGCAGCUAUCUUAGAAAUGUAACUUUGCUCUGUGCCUCUCCGAGCAUGCACUUCAUAGCCUAUGGAUCAUUGGGGAUUGAGACCACACUAAAUAGCCUAUAGGCGCACUUGAUCUUGCACGCCCAGUGGUGAAUCAGAGAUGAGAGGUGGCAUCGGGCACACAUUGAUAUAUAGGCUAAUAAGUAACUAAUUCUAAAACACUGAGAAAUAUGGAAAUUACAAAUGACAUAACCCUCCCUGGAUUAGAUUGAAAAAAUACUAAAUCCUCUCCUUGGCUGAGAUUGAAAAAGCAUGACCCUACGCAAUUUCCCUCCAGGUAACCGUUCUGUACAUUUUGAUCAAUCCUUAAUAUUAUAAAAUGGCUUCCAUUACUUGUCUCAUGCACGAGGAAACAAAGCUACAACUAUUGAGACACAGCCCUGGCUGGUACUAUCUGGAGUAGAUCACUGUCGCUCCACUGCUAUUAAUAAUAUAGACAUUAAAUACUUACUGACCUUGUAUCAAUAUUAGAGAUGUUCCCAUUAAUGUUUUAUCUAUAAUAAAUAAAAAACUACCAGCACUGCCAUCUAAAUAAUAAAAUAAUUAGAGACAUGUACAGGUUAAAUGCCUUCUUAUUUGCGUGUUUUCUCUAAACAGGGAAUGUCUUAAAGGAACCAUCGUGAACAGCAUGGAUCCAGAGGUGGCCUGCCCUUAUGGGGACGAAGACUACAGCUGUGAUAGAAAGCUGCAGGACAGGGAGAUCAAAUCUGUGAGUCCUGCAGAUGCUCUCGCCGUUAGCCUGGCAGCCAGUCAGUUUUUGCUUUGUUGGCUAAAGGAAAAACAGAACUGUACCCAGGCUAUCUCACUAUAGCUCUCUGUAUCAAGUGAUGAUAUUACCUUGUAUCAUUAAUGUAGGGUGCUUAUAAUAAUAAUAAUAAUAAUAAUACAUGGCAUUUAUAUAGUGCUUUUCAAAGACGCUUUUGUGAAAGAUAUUCAUCACCAUAACAUAUAUUUAAUCCAUUCCGUUGUACUCUAUACAGUGUCCUGUUUUUUGUCUCUUUAGCUUCUCUCUCAGGAGGAGCACCAGAAGUUUCUAGAGCUGAGGCUCAGUAUUGCUGAGACGCGGAGUGAGAACAGCUACCACUGCAAAACCCCAGACUGCGCUGGCUGGUGCAUCUUUGAGGAUGAAGUCAAUGAGUUUAUUUGUGAGCUCUGCAAAGAGACCAACUGCCUCCUCUGCAAGGUGUGUCAAGUUUCUCUCUCUUACUCUUCCUCUGUCGUCCCCCCUUGAGUGCAAAAAAUAAUUAUGAAGAUAAUGAUAGGUGCUUGGCCAACAACCUUUUUGUCUACCUCUUUUUAAGGCCAUCCACAAAGAUAUGAACUGCAAGGAGUAUCAAGAUGAUCUCCGGAUCAGAGCUGAGAACGACGUGGCUGCCAAACAGACCACACAGAUGCUGGAGGUAAUGUGGUAACAAGCAGAUAGUCUUCCCUUUAAGUGAUAAAGCACUGUUUUUGAUUGAACAUGACAUACUACACUACUGAACUGCUAUUUGACAGGGUUUUUUUUGGGGGGGGGAAACAUACUAUCGGCCCAUUAUAGUUUUGAACUGCAAUAUGAAGCUUAUGGGUUUAGAUUACACAUACGAUCAGCCUAUUACACUACCGAACCCAUAUGUGAAGUCUACGAGUAAACCUAAUCUUGAUUAAACCUACUAUUGGCUUAUUGCACUACUGAACUGUGAUAUCUAUGGGUAAACCUAACCUGGAGCUCCUGUUGUUUUCUUCGAUAGUCCUUACUGCAGAACGGGGAGGCCAUGCACUGUCCUAAGUGUAAGGUCAUAGUUCAGAAGAAGGACGGUUGUGAUUGGAUCUGCUGCCUGAUGUGUAAGACGGAGAUCUGCUGGGUCACCAAGCAGGCUCGCUGGGGACCAAACGUAAGACAGUUCAGGCCAAAUCAAACGAAAAUAGACUUGCUUUCUAAUUUGAAGCGCAUGACACUUUUGACCAUGUUGACGCUCGCGGCCCGUCUGUUCUGUCAUUCACUACCGUGCAUUCUAAUUCCAGCGUGUAGACGCUCGUCCGCGUUUCGUUUGAUUUGGUCUUUACUCUUCAGUUACACCGAACUGUACUCUUACAGCUACUCCGAACCCUCUAAUACCGCACCAUGCUAGACUAUCCUUAUUAGACCUACCCUAUGGCUCCAUUUCAAACAUACACUACAUGACCAAAAGUUUGUGGAUACCUGCUCGUCGAACAUCUCAUUCCAAAAUCAUGGGCAUUAAUAUGGAGUUGGUCCCCCCUUUGCUGCUAUAACAGCCUCCACUCUUCUGGGAAGGCUUUCCACUAGAUGUUGGAACAUUGCUGCGGGGACUUGCUUCCAUUCAGCCACAAGAGCAUUAGUGAGGUUGGGCACUGAUGUUGGGCGAUUAGGCCUGGCUCGCAGUCGGCGUUCCAAUUCAUCCCAAAGGUGUUCGAUGGGGUUGAGGUCAGGGCUCUGUGCAGGCCAGUCAAGUUCUUCCACCAAUCUCGACAAACCAUUUCUGUAUGGACCUCGCUUUGUGCACGUGGGCAUUGUCAUGCGGAAAUAAGAAAGGGCCUUCCCCAAACUGUUCCACAAAGUUGGAAGCACAGAAUCGUCUAGAAUGUCAUUGUAUGCUGUAGCAUUAAUAUUUCCCUUCACUGGAACUAAGGGGCCUAGCCCGAACCAUGAAAAAAAGCCCUAGACCAUUAUUCCUCCUCCACCAAACUUUACAGUUGGCACUAUGCAUUCGGGCAGGUAGCGUUCUCCUGUUUGUCUAUGGAAAUUGCAUGGCUGUGUGCUCGAUUUUAUACACCUUUCAGCAACGGGUGUGACUGAAAUAGCCGAAACCACUAAUUUGAAGGGCUGUCCACAAACUUUUGUGUAUCACUAUGGUCACCAAAAUAUUUAAAACUUACCAUGCCCAGUUUGAAUGCUAUACUCUUUAUUAAAGCAUUCAGAUAUCUCAGGUCAGAUAGAAUUUAAGUAUAUAUUAUUCACUGACAUACACACCUACUUCAAUCCAGUACUGCUUUGCUGUUAAAUACAUGUUACAGUACUAUAAGGCUUUGAAUAUCCUGUAGAACUGAGUGUAUUAACCAAGUUUAUACCAUGGCAUAGUUGAAUACUCAUUGAUUGGCUUGAAGGGCAUUCUAGAGCGUGCAUUAUUUCCCCAUAACGCACAGUAUAUUUGCACGGUAGAAUUCAAUGGCUAGAGUUCAUUCUUACAAGUUCUAUGUUUGAGCUGCUUUUGAAAGCAAAAGUAUAAUUGAAAACAUUAUUGGCAUUGUUGAAUUCGAUUUUCAUAAUAGCAAGCUAGGACUGAUGGUUUGGUUAGCUAAACUAGCAAGUCUGUUUGUUUGGUUACCAAGGCAACUACUGUUGCAAUCUUGUAAACUUGCUAAAUAAACACAUUUCUAGCAGUAAAUGUGUUAAAUUAUAGCCAUGGUAUAAAAGGGAUAAUCAACUCGGGGCUCUAUGCGUUCUCUGGAAAAUAAUGCAACUCUGUGUUGAAGGUCAGUUCCACUCUGCUAAGUACGUCUUGGAACACACCUUCCACAUUGUUCAUUAUUUUCCAUGGAACGCAUAGCCGCUCGUUGAUUAUCCCAUACGUAUCCAUGGAACGCAUAGCCGCUCGUUGAUUAUCCCAUACGUAUCCAUGGAACGCAUAGCCGCUCGUUGAUUAUCCCAUACGUAUCCAUGGAACGCAUAGCCGCUCGUUGAUUAUCCCAUACGUAUCCAUGGAACGCAUAGCCGCUCGUUGAUUAUCCCAUACGUAUCCAUGGAACGCAUAGCCGCUCGUUGAUUAUCCCAUACGUAUCCAUGGAACGCAUAGCCGCUCGUUGAUUAUCCCAUACGUAUCCAUGGAACGCAUAGCCGCUCGUUGAUUAUCCCAUACGUAUCCAUGGAACGCAUAGCCGCUCGUUGAUUAUCCCAUACGUAUCUGAUGCCUCCAUGCAGGGUUCUGGGGACAACUCAGGAGGCUGUGGAUGUCGAGUCCAUGGGGCGCGUUGCCACCCUAACUGCCAGAACUGCCACUGAGGGGCCCCACUCCAUCUCAACAUGGUGCUGGAUGGGUAGUCCAUAUGGGGACACACUCCUGUGUCCUGUGAGGCCAGGAGACAAUUUUUCACUCCUCAGUAAUGGUUCAAUCCUAACCUGGACUUUGAAAAAAGAAUGCACUGAUGUCAAGGGGUGAUUUGUGUAAAAACUUUAGUUCUGCACAUGGAUCUUAAGUUAUUCGGUCCUUUGUGAAGACACUGGCUGGUCUUACUUCCAAAAAGGCACUUUAUAUUAUUUUUCUGUUGAAACUUUGAACACCAUUGGGGGUGAUUCCAGAUAUGAGAAUUAAAAAUGAUCCCUGGGCAGUGUUUAAUUGAUGGUUCAAUUGACAUUGGUAUAUCACACAUUUUAUUACCUAGUUAGAAGAUUUAUAUCAAUAUUUCUGCUCUAUACAUGCAGGACAAUGUUUUAAUAUUAUGUUAGAGGCGUAUCACCACCUAUAUC